GUGUACAUUUUAGGACAUCCUCGUAGUCAGAGUCAGGUGUCAAGUAUCAGGAAAAAGUUGUCAGAUGUUAGUGUCAGAGUCAGGAAAAAAGUUGUCGGAGUCAGAAAAAAAGUUGUCAGAGUCGGAGUCAGAAAAAAAGUUGUCAGAGUCGGAGUCAGGAAAAAGUUGUCAGAACGACAGCUAUGUCACUAAAAUGCGACAACGCUGUACCAUACAUCACACAGUCCGCGACGAAGGCCAGUCAAACGUCUCAACCACGGGAAACGGUAAGACUGCCUGUUGUUCAUUUUGAUAAUAAAACUUGACAAAAACUAAACAAACAAACGUAUGCAUAGCACUGUAAUAGCAUGUAAAUGCAUAUGAAUGUUUUUAAAUUACAAUGUUUGCUCUGUAUCUUUAUUUAGUUUCAAUGAUAGUCAGCAGAAAGGUUUAAACACUGCACUCUGAGAUUCAUGCACAAUGAAUGGGGGACCCGCUACGAUAAUAAUAAUAGCAUGGCUCGAAAUAUGUGCAUGCAUUACGAUUAAACACGCCAAUCUGAUUUGAGAUAUACGCCGAAUGAAUGGGGACCAUGUAAUGAUAACGACUAAAGCUACGAUAAAAGCAGUAAUUGUAGGCGUCUUUGGCUGUAAAUAACCACCUGUAGAGUCAAAUAGAUGAUUUCACAGUGGCAUUAAUUUAUUUUGCUAAUAAUUCAUUGUCAACUACCUAUUUCAGAAAAUGGAAAAAAUAAAACGCUACGAGGAGCUGAGGAGAGAGCUUGACAAUGGCGAAAUCACCCAGAAAGGUUUUGACGCCAGAGUCAAAACCCUGCUGUCCAGCGCACAGAGAGAGGUUGGUCCAUCAGAGACACAUGCAGUUUUGACUGCAGCACAAGUCUUUGAAUCAGCCAAAAAGCUGGUAAAAAAAAAACAAUUUCCUCUCCGCAGACCGGCUCAAAAGAACUUUUUCAAGAUAAGAAUGACCCCCAUGGAGUGGAAGUCAAGGACUAAGUUGUCCUCUGGGAGAUUUGUUAAACUGGUUUUAGACGAAGCUCCACCAAGAGUCAUCUUUAACGGCCAUGAAACUUAUGAUGACCUGGUCAAAGCUGGAAGGGAGCGUUUCUGGUUGAAAGAAGAGGAUAAAGACGGUUAUGAAUACACACUCUGCCAUGCUGAUGGCACAAGGUGGUCGAAACAGGAAUUUGAGCAGGAGCAUCUCACUCUCUCAGAAAUCUCCAACCCCUGGAAGCGAACACUUUAUAUUGGAAAGAAGGAGCUGGAGGUUGUGUGUCUUGGGGAGGAGAUACCCACCUCUGCACCAGGUUCAUCAGCUGAUGAUGUCUUAAGAGAACAUGAGGACAGACCCACGUCAGCUCAGUUGAGCGCAGGGCCAGAGAGUGAGCGAGUCAGUGAGGACAUAGUAGUAGGGGCAAAUGAACUUGUAGGGCCACAGAGUGCAGCAGCAGGAGCAUCUGCCGAAGUUGCUCAGUUUGCAUCCAUGACACCUCCCACUCUCCCAUCCUUAUAUCUCCCCCGUGUCCCAUUUGUGGAUGUCUCCUUCAUCAAAUAUGAUGAAGACAAGCUACUUGGUGAGGGGAACUUUGGAAAAGUCUAUGCUGGCUCCUUUCAGGGCACUCCUGCUGCAGUGAAACGCAUCUUAUGCACAGAGGGAAAACAUGAAGAUGAUAUACAGCAUGAAAUUCGUGUGUCCUUGAGAUUGUCACACCCCAAUGUUGUCCGACUCCUGGCAGUUGCCCGCACGGACGCAUUCUUCCUGCUGGCAACGGAGUACAUUCAUGGGGCCACAUUGGAUGCAGUCCUUCACAAAGUGGAUUGUCAGAUACAGUUUGAAGGAGACGACGGCACAUUUGUUGCCCUGGAUUUGUCUAUGGCUAUUGAAUAUGUUCACAGCCAAAGGGUAGUGCACCAAGACAUAAAGCCAGCUAAUGUCAUGGUGCACCAUCGAACCAAACGUGCCGUGCUAACGGACUGGGGUCUGGCAAAUAUUCGCGACACUGUCAUCCUGCGACAAGGCAGCAGGCAGCUUUCGCAUGCUGUCGGACCAACUGGGGGAACACUUCUAUACAUGGCGCCUGAAUGUGUAGUCAAAUAUCAGGAUGCCAGUUUUCAGACUGAUGUGUGGUCUCUGGGGGCUACCAUUGUUGAGAUAUUCACUGGGUCCUUCCCAUGGACAGUGAGGAAGCAAAAGGAGUUGGCCGCACUCAUGGCAGCUGGGACUCCACCACAUGCCCUGACCCAACUGGAGGGCAGAUGUGAUUACUUGCACAGCAUUUUUAGUUACAACCCUUCUGAGAGGCCAACAGCCUCUCAGAUUGUUGAGUUGAUUAAGUCACAAGUAGAUUUGCAGAGCCGGUAUGGCUACACUUGGUAAACAACCCUUUUUGUUUUCCCUGUUAAAAAAAAAAUUUAAAGAGCACUACGUUUGUUUACACUGUACUUCAUGUUUUAAAUCAACUAUAUUUGUUUAAAGUCAUUGUAAACACUGUUCAUUUUCAGGGAUAUCUAAAAAAUUAAAUGUGACAAUUCCACAAUA